AUGGCAUCAGCGUCACUCCCUUCCCCUUUCCUCUUCCUUCUCACCUCUAUUUUCAUGUUGCUUUACCUCUCCCUCCUCACUCACUCCAUCAACGCCGACUUCCACCCUCUAAUGUCGUUCAAAGCCGCUUCCGACCCUUCCAACAAUCUCGCCCAGUGGAACUCCACAACCUCAGACCCCUGCACUUGGUACGGUGUCUCUUGUCUCCGUAACCGUGUCUCUCGCCUCGUCCUUCAAGACCUAAACCUCACAGGCUCCAUCCACCCCCUAACCUCUCUCACCCAACUUCGUAUCCUCAGCCUAAAACGCAACCGUUUCAACGGCCCCAUCACCUCUCUCGCCAACCUCACCGCGCUCCGCCUUCUCUUCCUCUCCCACAACAACUUCUCCGGCCCCUUCCCCGCCACGCUCACCUCUCUCUACCGCCUUGAUCUCUCACACAACAGUCUCUCCGGCGAAAUCUCCCCCACUUUCAACCGCUGGACCCACCUCCUCACCCUCCGCCUCGACUCCAACCGUUUCCGCGGCCGCAUUCCCAGCAACAUCAACCUCUCUCGUCUUCAAGACUUUAACGUCUCAAACAACCUCCUGACGGGUCAAAUACCCGAAUCGCUCUCGGGUUUCCCUGGAUCCGCGUUUUCUCACAACCCCUCCCUCUGCGGAGCUCCCUUGCAAGAAUGCAUAGCCAAAGGCGAGGCAAUCAUCCCGGCCCUGGCUUCCCCAUUGAAGCCGCGAAACGACACCGGUUUUUCCAAACCCCGCGGGCGGGAGAGAAUAAUGGGGGUGUUGGUCUUGGUGGGUAUUGUGGUGGGGGACGUGCUGGUGCUGGCUUUGGUGUCGCUGCUUCUCUACUACUAUUUCUGGAGGAACUACUCUGCUGCUGCACAAUUGAGAAAAGAGGAAAAAGAGAGGAGGAAAUUAUCACGACUUCCUCGUAUGAAGGUUGUGUCACUUUAA